UCAGUCAUAGUUUUGUGAGCAACGCAAUAAGAUGAAACAAUUCAUGAGAGGAAUUUUGUUGGUGCUGCUGGCUGCGUUGUUGUUGCCCCACACUGAGGCAGCUGUUAUGCGUGGCGUCUUUGCGGAUCCCGCGCAUCCCGGCAAAUGUGUGGUGAAGCCGAAUCUUAUACUAAAUCCUGGCCAAAUUGCCAAAUACCCAGCGAUGACCUGUGCUCGCAUCAUCUGCGAAGACAACAGUCAUGCCCAGAUUCACACCUGCGGAGUUGAAGCUGCUCCACCUGGCUGCCAUUUGGGUGAACCGAAAUUCCCCAAUGCCGACUAUCCUAAGUGCUGUCAACGUGAAAUCAUAUGCAAUUGACUGAAGAUCAACAACGACGACAACGACCUAGCCACGCCCUUCCAGCAGCUUCCCUGCGCCCAACAACAGCACUCAGCUAAUGCAUAGAGUGCACAAAAAUAGAAUAGCAGCCACUGAUUAUCGAUGUAGUACAUAAAGUAUGUCAAAUUUAGGUGAAUGAAAUUUAUGAGCAAACUUAUUAUGACAAAUAAAUAUAUAUUGAAGACUA